GCGCGGCCUCCUACUUUCGUUCCACGAAGCUGUUCCGUUAAACCCAUUCUCCACGCAUUGGAGCUUUGAUAUUUUCACGACUGCUAUGAGAAGUGCUCCAGAUAAAGGAUUUCGGGACGAUUUCGGGCUGAGUUCAAGGUGAAAUCAAAGACCGCAGCAAGGAUUACGGUACAAUUUGGAACUCAGAUAUUUGGGCUUGUUUGUUCUUCUUCGAUUCUUGAUUUUCAUGUUCAAGUAACAAUGAAAGUUUUUAGAUUUUGUUUUGGGAAUUGGUUUUGGUAUGCUGGGUUCCGCACUUCCGCUGCUCAAAUCCUCUCUCCCCAUAUCACCUCCCGUCUCUUUCUCCGAGAAAUCCAAGCCGCUUUGGCCUUGGGCGUAUUCGCUGCCAUCAAGAUAGCGAGGGAAGAAACGUGGGAGGGUUUUAUUUCAGAAAUACGCUCUUCUUUGCGAAAAUUUUUCUUCUUGCGCUUACUUUUAUCACGAUUACCACUUGACUCUCUGGUACGCAGUGAUAUUUGCAGUGGAUCAGGUGUGAGCAUAGAUUUAAUGGUGAUACUUUUGGAUCAGACAUGGUCUUCCUCUACCUCAUAGCAAUCUUUUGCCCGUCCCUGGACUCAAACAAAACCAGUUGGCUGAGAAGGCAGUAAAAGCAAGAGUAUUGACAGAAUAGAUGACUCCCUGUCCCUAUCUAUCUAAGUUUGAAAGGAACGAUGUAUUAGAGAGCGAAAUGUUAGUUUAGUUUGUGUCUGUUCUUUUUGAAGCCAUGUUGUUGAAGUGUUACAAAGUGUGUUGCAUUUUGGAGGUAUCAGAUUUAAUGUAUAAAUUUGGUUUUGUGUUGGGUUCUUGAGUAGAUAACUAGAUUCAAUUGGAAAAAAUAAAAAAUUAUUUGUUGUAAAUGAAGCAACUUUCAGGCAUGUUGAACAUUGAAGUUCAAGUUAUCUGUUACAGUAUAACAAAUAUCCAUGUUUUAUGUCU